UUUGACAGAUUUAAGAAAGGAUGUAUUUUUCAAGAAGAUAAGUCAAGUUUUACGUAUAAAUUUGUUAUUGACCUAUGACUAAUGAUGAAUCAUGUUUAAAUAUUGAACCAUUGUUUAUGAGACUUACUUAUUAUUUGAUUUCGAUACAGGUAAUAAAUCGCGCAGUGUGACUUCUACUUAAGUCAUGAACGAUUUAGAUAAACAGUUGGCCGAAUUGGCCCUAAUAAAUAGGAAAGAGCUUACACCAAGCCUCCAAUCUAAUUCCGGUACAUUGGGUAGAAAAGUGGGCCCUGCAGUACCACCGAAACCGAAAAAGCCCCAACCUCAGGUUCCUCAGUCCUAUCCUCUCAAACAUUCUUCGGAACCUUUAUACUCUUCUGGGCUUUCAACAAACUCUGCUCUAUACUCUAAUGCUUCAUCAAACGCUCAUACAUACGCUAACAGCGGACGGAUGUCUUCCACUUCCUCCAAUCAGUCGAUUCCACAACAAAGGUACCAAAAUACUUACGCCAAUUUACCUAGAGAUGAUCAGAGAUAUUUGAAUCAGUAUAACGCUGGACCAUCUCCAUCCUUAUCAUCUAUGGCUGGGUCAACAAUGGGACAAAGAGGUUACGAUCCCAGAUCAGAUCAGGUGACUUACAGUAAUAUCCAGGUUGGGAAUAGAGUAAAGCCUGAAUCCUUGGUGUAUUCUAACUUGAUGCAUCCUCAAAGGGGUGGAAGCAUGUAUAGCAACUUGAAUAUGGGAUCCCCUGCUCCCCCAUAUGGUAACGGAGGUGCUGACGAUUUACCCCCACCUCCCCCACCGUUAACUUCCAAUCUUGGCGAUUAUCAGCCUUGUACUGUGAACACCAAUUUGCCACCACCGCCCGAGGAUCUCGUUGCCCCUCCGUCCCCUGUAAGUUCGAGCUACAGCGAACUGCGCAGAGCCACUGGUCGCGGUCAAGAUUAUAGCACUUACGGGAUGGGUUCGCAGUAUGCCGACUCAGAUUUUGGAUAUGGGAAUUCCUCCAAGGCUUCCUCUACUUAUGAAUCCAUUUACGAGCCUAUUAAUCCCAGGCCUCCGAGUCAGCUGUCUUCUCGCUCAAACUACUCUUUAUACGCCCCGUAUGUGAGCGGAAACAAUAGCGUAAUGACAGGUCCUUCGCAAUCGGCCAGCAGGAUGGGCUUGAACAAAGAUCAGGAAGUCGACAGCCUGACUGAUCUGCUUGUUCAAGGUCUAGAUAAUGAUGACAGCGAUAUCUUAGACACUUACGGUCAUUGUACCAAGUGCAAAGAGAAGAUUGUUGGGGCAAGCAAUGGUUGUACGGCUAUGUCCAGGUUGUACCAUACGAAAUGUUUCACUUGCCAUCAGUGUGCUGUAAACCUACAGGGAAAACCAUUCUACGCUUUGAAUGGUAAACCCUACUGCGAAGAAGAUUACUUUAACACUUUGGAAAAGUGCUGCGUUUGUCAGAAACCCAUCAUGGAUAGAAUUUUGAGGGCUACUGGAAAACCCUAUCAUCCCGGUUGUUUUUGUUGUGUUGUUUGCGGUAAGAGCCUGGACGGGAUACCUUUCACGGUUGAUGCUACAAAUAGAGUUCAUUGCAUCGAAGAUUUCCACAAAAUAUUUGCUCCGAGAUGUUGGGUAUGUAAGCAGCCAAUUAUGCCCGAACCGGGUGAGGAAGAAACCGUCCGUGUGGUUGCUCUUGAUCAUAGUUUCCAUGUUCAGUGUUACAAAUGCGAAGACUGCGGUCUAGUGCUCUCAUCAGAAGCUGAAGGGAGAGGUUGUUACCCGCUAGAUGGUCAUGUGUUGUGCAAGAGUUGCAAUGCGAAAAGAGUACAAGCGAUUUCAAAUAACAUAACUACGGAGCUUUAAAGCUUCUACUACUUAAACAUACAUUCCAAGCUGCAUUUGGCAUCGGGUAAUUUGAAAUAUAACAAGUCGUAAACUGCCUGUAACAUCAAUUCCUGACGAAAGCACAAAGCAUGUUGCUUCUGUAAGUAACAGUUGUUCCUAUUGCAUUAUUAAUUCAAGUAUUUUUUUUUGGAAAAUUAUCGAACAAAGAAGCUUAUAACAAGUGUAAUAUGAGUAAAUAUGUGCCAUUUAGUAAGUUUAUUAUACAAAUAGUAGUAUUUUACUCAUAACUGAUUUAUUGAACUUUUUUGUAGCUUUUCAUUUUAGGUAUAUUUCAUUUUUAUUUUUCAUCCUUUUAUUCAUCUAUAUAUUUUAGGUCUUAUUUUUUAGUUAUUACUAUGAUUUUUGGCAACCUCUCGGUUAAGUAAUUCGUUUAUUAAGUUUUAGCAUUCCUUAGGCUGUUGAUUUAGAAAUAUGAGCGUAUCAAGCAAACAUUUGUGAAAUUAAUCUUAUUGAACUCUUUUUAUUGAAUCGAAAAUUUGCUCAAAGUUGAAAUUAUUGAAGUAUUUUUGGGAUUUCAUAUCUUUUUAUUGUGAUGUUGAUUCUUUGAUGAAAUUUCUUAUAUGUUGCAUCAUAUUUGGGUCUUAUAUUCCAUCCUAUUGCUUUUAUCUAUUUUUAUAUUUAUUGUAACUUGAAACUUUUGUAUGACUCGAUGAAAUAAAUUUUAAUCAGUUUCA